ACAUAUGAUUUUUCGUAACAGUGACUUUUGGUAUUCGUGCCGGUACGCUAUCCCGAUACAGAUGAGGCUAUGAGGCUUACUGAUGACCUAUCUUGUGCCAGUGAUAAGUCUUAAACAAUUAAGCUUUCUUGCCGGCUUCAUCUUACUUGUGCUUUAAACAAUUCGUACGUGCACUCCACAAAGUGAGCCUUCCAUAAAUCCACCCUUACCAUUUAAUUAGGCACAUAUUCUUCCAUCAAUCAAGAUCGAAUUGAUCUGCCAUGGCAUCAAACAAGCAAAUUGAUCUCGAGUCCCAGAAGCCGGCGACGUCAUCUCCGGCGGCCAGCGUUUCAUCGGCAGCAGCUGCCACCGCGCCGCCAGCUUCUAGCUCGGCUGUACCCGUUUCAGUUGGCAUAACCAACCGCCACAACGUGCAGCCAGAGACGGAGCCUCUGCUGCUGCUGGCGGGCGGCGACGGCGAUGGCGGCUCUGACGACGAGACAACGCGGCUGGAGCGGACCAUCACGCGGGCGUUCCGGAGCACGGCGGAGCUCGCCAAGCACCUGCCCACGGGCGCGGUGCUCGUCUUCGAGGUGCUGUCCCCGGUGUUCACCAACGGCGGCAAGUGCCAGGACGUUAACCGCGUCAUGACGGCGUGGCUGGUGGGGCUCUGCGCCGCGGCGUGCUUCUUCCUCUGCUUCACGGACAGCUUCCACGACGGGAAAGGGACGGUGCGGUACGUGGUGGCCACGCGCGCCGGCCUGUGGGUCAUCGACGGCACCGCGCCGCCGCCGCCGGACGUGGCCGCGACCUACCGCCUCAGGUUCAUCGACUUCUUCCACGCCGUGCUGUCCCUGAUCGUCUUCCUGUCCGUCGCCAUGUUCGAUCACAACGUCGGCGCCUGCUUCUACCCGGUGAUGUCCUACGACACGAGGCAGGUGCUCACCGACGUGCCGCUCGCCGGAGGGCUCGUCGGAACCAUGCUGUUCGCGACGUUCCCGUCGACGCGGCACGGGAUCGGUUUCCCGGUACACGUGGCUUAAUAAGACCGACCCACGUGGAUGUUUUCCUUUCCAGCAGCUGCCUCCUGUCUUGCGUGCUUUGCAUCUCCUAGUUGUCUUGUAAAGUUGUACAAUUGACGUAUAAACUCUGUCUAGAUUCAUUAAUAUAAAUAUAAAUGUGGAAAAUGCUAAAAUGACUUAUAUUAUAAAAUAGAGGGAGUAAUAGAUUUAACGAUUCAAAAUUACGUGAAACUUACAUACAAGUUACACUGUAGUUACAUGCAAGUUACAGUGUAAUUACACUAUAAUUGUACUAUAAUUACAUCUGUUAAAUUUUUAGGAGAAAAUUUAUCAACAAAUGUAUAUGUGGUCCCAUUUAUUACAUGUAAUUGAUUAAUGAUUGCUAGAACAUGUCCUACUGUAAA